CAAAGACUCGCGUCGGACUUACCGCGUUUAGGAUUUUAGUGCUAGAGACCUGCGAAUUCGUCGGAAAUAUGUACUCAGCUUUCCUUUCGCUGAAGGGACCACAAUCGCGCUUUCCUAGCAGGCAGAUUAUGUGUGCGAGCUUUAAGAAAGAUUCGGCACGUGCGUACGCGAACGAUUCCAGGAAAUCUAGCCUUCCAGUUCCUUUGGUUGAGCGAAAUAUUAAACUUUCCGCAACAAUUCUCGAGAUCUUAGAGUGGCGUACGUGGGCACGGAACUACGCAAAGACGGCUAGCGCAUGCAAACAGUCAAGUUUGAUGUUGCCUAGUCUUAGUUGUCUGCUUGUUGAGAUAGACUGGAUCGUUGCAGACGUGGUAGCAAUCCAAGACUGGCCAAAAAAGUUCUUUCAUGACAUAGCAGCGCGCGACCUUCGUGAAGAUUUGCGCAAUUCGCGUUUUCAUUGUUCCUCUAUCGACUAUCUGCGCGACAAUGCAGUGCCUUUGCGUGAAGGCCUCGACGAACUUCGAGCAUUGUGGAACACUCGUCUUCGGUACCGUGUACCCUUGCAGUACCUUACUGCAACAUCAUAUUGGCGUGAACUUGUUCUUGUUGUCACACCGGCAGUUCUCAUUCCACGACCUGAGACAGAACUCCUGGUUGACAUCAUAAAAUCUGCGAUACAUGAAAAACCAUCCUUGGUGGAGUCCCCAUGGGUUGAUUUAGGGACUGGCUCAGGUGCACUUGCUAUCAGCAUCGCAGCUGAAAUUUCGAAGGUAAAACAUUCUUUGAACCCAGCCCAGAGCUCUAGAGAAGAGGAGGUCAUUGUGCAUGCCGUGGAGUUAUGUCCCCGCGCUGCAGCAAUCGCCCGACAUAAUGUGAGUCGAUAUCGAAACAUAACUGGAGGAGGGUCUGGUGGAGUUUCUGUUUACGAAGGUUCUUGGUUUAGACCUCUAGAAGUUCGUGGUCUGACAGCAACAGUGGGCUGCGGGACUUUUGCUGGAAUCGUGAGCAACCCACCGUACAUUCCUUCAAAAGAUUUUCUCAGUCUCCAGCCCGAAGUCAGAUGCCACGAGCCAUGGAUAGCCCUCGAAGGCGGGCCUGGACCUGGGUUAGAUGCACUUAUCUCGGUAUGCACCGGAGCAGCAGUGCAUCUGCUGGGUGGAGGUUUUCUAGCCCUUGAAACAAAUGGUGGUAGACAGGCACACGAAGUAGCAGAACUUUUGGAACAUAUGAGUCUCCAAGACACGUCUGGAUGCGAUAAGAUGCCUAUUUUCGAGAAAGUCAAAGUGCACAGAGAUUACAACGGCACCGAAAGAUUUGUCUCUGCGUGGAAGAUUUUGUAAGUCUACAACUGAGCACAUUAUUAUUCACUUCCCCUUUCAGAAGUCGAUACCAGGCUUCACACAGAUUUACACGGGGAUAGAUUAUUAAGCAAAAGCUGUUGUGUAAUAAAGUAUAAAAAUGAUAUUGUCC